CUAGCCUGCCAGUCGACAAGUUGAGCGGCUGCCCGGCCAGGAUUUAGACGGACCCAUGACUCACACCCCGGUUCUGACCGCCCUGUUCGGCGCGACGGGCGAGGCCGAACCGCUCGGAGCCGCAGAGUUUAUCAAAGAGCGUCUGUAUUUUGCGACGUUACGAAGCAAGCCCAAAAGCACGGCCAACACUCACUACUUCUGCACGGACGACGAGUUUGUUUACGAGAAUUUCUACGGAGACUUUGGUCCUCUCAACUUGGCAGUGUUGUACCGAUACUGCUGCAAGCUCAACAAGAAGCUCAAGUCGUUCACAUUGAGCCGUAAACGAAUCGUCCACUACAGCAGUUUUGACCAGAGGAAACGCUCCAAUGCAGCCAUGCUCAUCGGAGGAUACGCGGUGAUCUACUUGAAGAAAACUCCUGAAGAGGCUUACAGAGCUUUGGUGUCAGGAUCCAACGCCGCCUACCUGCCCUUCAGGGAUGCGUCGUUCGGGAAGUGCACUUUCAACCUGAGCGUUCUGGACUGCCUGCAAGGCAUCAGGAAGGCUCUCCAACACGGAUUCUUCGACUUUGAGUCUUUUGACGUGGAGGAGUACGAACAUUACGAGCGCGUGGAGAAUGGAGAUCUCAACUGGAUUGUUCCCGGAAAACUUCUGGCCUUCAGCGGACCGCACCCCAAAAGCAAAAUUGAGAAUGGCUACCCGCUCCACGCCCCCGAGCGGUACUUCCCGUACUUCCGCGCCGGCGGCGUGACAGCGGUCGUGCGCCUCAACAAGAAGAUCUACGAGGGCGCUCGCUUCACGGAUGCCGGCUUCUGCCACUGCGAUCUGUUUUUCCCGGACGGCAGCACGCCGAGCGACGCCAUCGCGCGGCGUUUCAUGGCGCUAUGCGACGCCACGUGCGGUGCCCUGGCCGUGCACUGCAAAGCCGGCCUGGGCAGGACGGGCACUCUGAUUGGCUGCUACCUGAUGAAGCGAUACCGCUUCACGGCACCCGAAGCCAUUGCCUGGAUCCGGAUCUGUAGACCUGGAUCGGUGAUCGGACCUCAGCAGAACUUCCUGGAAGAGAAGCAAACGUGGCUGUGGUCGCUAGGUGACCGAGAGCGCUCGCAGGGGUCAGCGGCGGCGGCAGAGGACGAGAAGCGCGUCCGCGACCUCGUGGUCGGCGUGGACCGCCUUACCUUUAACACCACAGACGCAAUGCACAACGGCGCCGCGCAACCUUCGCCCGGCUCGGACCGGCUCCACGAGGUACACGCACGCUCGCGCGUCAUAAACGUACACUCACGAGUCAACGUGUUGUCGGCGCAGAGUGAAGCCAGCGAGCGGUCACUUCCAACUCAGGGAGAUAAACUGCGAGCCUUGAAAUGUCGCCGCCCCCUCCGCACCGCCGCCUCUGCGCCUGACAGAGCGGACCAGCUAUUCAGCGUGGUGCAGCGACCAAUCAGACUGUUGGCGGGCGUCCCUCAGGGCUCUGCCUCGUCGCCACGGGAGUCAUUCCGAUCACCGGCGUCCGCUGCGGCCAAGAGGAUCGGUCGCAGCGCGUCAUCGUCAGUGACCAGCUUGAGUCGCUUCAGUCUGACUACAUCCACUUCUAGAAGAUCCCACGUGCCCUGAACGCAGCGCACGCGAGGUGACACCAUCGAGACUUUCCUAUCAGCUGAAGGAACGAUGACACUGUCGUCAUGGUUACCGGGUUUUUCUCUCUCAUCAUUUUUCAAUGACGUCACCGUGAAAAUGCUCAAUGAGCGACGAAUUUGACCUGAGCCGACAUCUUGUGAGCAGAUGAGCACGCAUUCGCACACGCUGGUCAGGUGCUAGCCCAACGCUAGCCGUUAGCCUCAGGAGAAAGAUGUAUUUUCAAGCUAGUUAAUAACAAAGGUUUUCCUCAUAGCUCCAAUCUUCUACCUCUUCCAUUUUGUUUUUCUUCAGAGGCACUUUCAAAGUAAGAGUUGCAGGGACUAGGGAUCUUGCUCUUUCAUUUUGUAAAGUUUUUAACGGUAACGAUGAUGAUGAUUAUGACGACGAGGUGCCAUAAGGGAAGAUGGAGGUGUUUUUACGAAAUGAGUGAAAGGAAUGAGCACUUCAUGUUCAUCAGAACAACUCAGCUCGACAUCGAUCGCAAGGCUUUUAUUUUGAAGGGAAGCUCCCUGUUGACAUCAAUCGAAGGGCUUUUAUUUUGGAGGGAAGCCACCUGCUGAUGCAUUUUGGAAUCAUAUUUUCUUGUAAAUUGUCAUAGGAGAAGGAAAUAAAUUAUUUUGUUGA